AAAAAAUGAAUACGCAAAAUAGAAUAGCAAAAUUCGAGUAAAAAUAUCGCGGAAUAUAAAAAUUAUUAGGUGCAUAAAUAAAAAAUAGUAAAAGUACAACGUUAAAAUAAAAAUCUGCGCAACAUAAUUCCUUUCAAGAAAAAGAGCCAUAAAAAUCGAUUCUCCAAGAAGUUAGUCAGUCGUCGUCAGUCAUACGCUGCGUGAAAGUAAAGCCUUGUCGGCGCGGGCGUCCGUGUAGCGCCAGUCCAACAUUGCUGCUACUUUUGAAGCAAUUUAAAGGUGCUUAAAACAAAUACAAAUAAACGUGGGGUGGCAAGCUACACUUACUGAAAAGUGGAGCGCGCGAAGUGUGCAAUUUUCGCCCCGCUAUUCAGAUUCACCUUCGUAGCUACUAAAAAUGCCAGCGCAGUGUUUUUCACAAUCAAAAUCAAACGCGACAAAGCGCACAAAGCAGUGAACGGGGAUGUGUGUGUGUAUGUAUGUACGCCAGAGUGCAUGUGUGAAUUAAUAUUAUGUAUACAUAAUAUUUGCCAGUUUGUUUGCUUCUUGUUAAAAUCGUGAAUUACGUACCACAACAACCCCGCAUUUGUACACAAGUGAAUGUAAUUAACUAAUUUUAAGCUAAUAUUUGAACCUGUCCAAAUCAACGCGUAUGGUGUGCCUGUCAUUGUAAAUAAAGUAUUCCCCCCACUCUCAAUCUCUCAAAACAGCGAAACAAUAACAAAAGAACGGUUGCUCGCGAACGAAAUGAAAAUAUUCCCAAAGCCAGCCCGCAUGACGUCUUAUUAGACGUGCGUGCCUGUGUCGUCUGCGGGGCGCUAAUUAAAAGCAAAAGCCCCACUCAAUUCGGCCACUGAGUCACCCAAACUAUUGCGUUUACAUUUCACCUGUCCUGAGGCUUGCGUGCCCAUUGCUAGCGCACAACUCCAAUUCCACGCGCGACCCCAGGCGCAGUAAAAAUACACACAUAAAAAACACUAACAACAACAAAAGCAAAUACUCCGAACUAGCUGCUGUCCCAUCAAUCCUGUCGGUCUAUAUUUUUCUGCGAGCGACGCGACAGGGACGCGACGUGACUUGCCUGUCCUGGCCUAGCCUGUCCGAGUGAAUGAAUCAGACGCUUGCUAACUCGCUCUCUCGCUCGCCCACCCACGCUAGAGGAAUUCAUUGAAAACCGCGCGCAAACAAAACACACAUACAAACAAAACACAUAAACAUACUCGUAUACAUAAAUAGAACAUCGCUUUGACGCUCUUCUACGCACGGCCUUCGCGAUGUCAAGUGAUAAGAUCAAAGUUGCUGUGAGGGUGCGACCCUUUAAUCGACGUGAAAUCGAAUUGGGUACAAAAUGCAUAGUGGAAAUGGAAAAACAGCAGACGAUACUGCAAAAUCCACCGACAUUGGACAAAAUCGAAAGAAAACAACCAAAGACAUUUGCAUUCGAUCACUGCUUCUACUCGUUAAGUCCAGAAGACGACAACUUUGCGUCUCAAGAGACGGUUUUCGAUUGCGUGGGACGUGAUAUUCUAGACAAUGCAUUCCAAGGCUACAAUGCGUGCAUAUUUGCCUAUGGCCAGACAGGUUCUGGCAAAUCCUACACGAUGAUGGGCUCACAAGAGAGCAAAGGCAUAAUACCACGCCUCUGUGAUAAGCUAUUCUCAGCGAUUGCAAACAAGUCCACACCCGAUCUCAUGUACAAGGUGGAGGUGUCAUAUAUGGAAAUCUACAAUGAGAAAGUGCACGAUCUGCUCGAUCCAAAGCCCAACAAGCAAUCGCUAAAGGUGCGCGAACACAACGUCAUGGGUCCCUAUGUGGAUGGUCUGUCCCAACUGGCCGUUGCAUCAUACAAGGACAUUGACAACCUGAUGACCGAAGGCAACAAAUCGCGCACAGUCGCUGCCACUAACAUGAAUGCCGAGUCGUCACGAUCGCAUGCCGUUUUCUCCGUAGUACUCACCCAAAUACUCACAGAUCAAGCUACUGGAGUGAGUGGUGAGAAGGUAUCGCGCAUGUCGUUGGUCGACUUGGCUGGUUCCGAGCGCGCUGUAAAAACCGGUGCCGUUGGCGAUCGCCUUAAAGAGGGCUCCAAUAUCAACAAAUCUUUGACCACGCUAGGUUUGGUUAUAUCCAAAUUGGCCGAUCAAACGAACGGCAAGAAAGGUGGUAACGACAAGUUUGUGCCAUAUCGAGACUCCGUAUUGACUUGGCUAUUGAAAGACAAUCUUGGAGGAAAUUCGAAGACAGUGAUGGUGGCCACCAUCUCGCCGUCGGCCGAUAACUACGAAGAAACUUUGUCUACACUGCGAUACGCGGAUCGAGCCAAGCGCAUUGUUAAUCAUGCCGUUAUCAAUGAAGAUCCGAAUGCUCGAAUUAUACGUGAACUGCGUCAUGAGGUGGAAACUCUGCGCAAUAUGUUGAAACAUGCUACUGGAUCGCCAGUUGGUGAUGUGCAGGACAAACUGGCAGAAAGUGAGAAUCUGAUGAAGCAAAUUUCACAGACAUGGGAGGAGAAAUUGGUGAAGACCGAACGCAUACAAAACGAACGACAACAGGCACUCGAGAAAAUGGGCAUCAGUGUGCAAGCGAGCGGCAUUAAAGUGGAGAAGAACAAAUACUAUUUAGUCAAUUUAAAUGCAGAUCCGUCCCUCAACGAACUGUUAGUUUACUAUCUAAAGGAACGCACCUUGAUUGGCGGCCGCAGCAUUUCAGGACAGCAGCCAGACAUUCAACUUUCCGGCCUGGGCAUACAGCCGGAACAUUGCAUUAUCACCAUCGAGGAUAGUGGACUCUAUAUGGAGCCAGUGCAGGGUGCUAGAUGUUUUGUCAACGGCUCGGCAGCGGUAGAAAAGACGCCGCUACAGAAUGGCGAUCGCAUACUGUGGGGUAACCAUCACUUUUUCCGCGUCAACUCACCAAAGAGCAACAAUACGAAUAUGUGCGCUUCAGAGCCACAAACGCCAGCACAGCUCAUCGACUACAAUUUUGCGCGCGAUGAAAUUAUGCAGAACGAACUCAGUAACGAUCCCAUACAGACAGCCAUAGCUCGGCUGGAGCGUCAGCACGAGGAGGACAAACAGGUCGCGCUGGAGAAGCAACGUCAAGAGUACGAACGACAGUUCCAGCAACUGCGCAACAUCCUUUCGCCCAGUACUCCCUACGCGCCAUAUGCUCCCUACGAUCCACUACGCAUGGGCAAGGUAACGCCCAAUACGCCCACCUCGCAGAUGCGUGUAGAAAAAUGGGCUCAGGAACGUGACGAAAUGUUCAAACGCUCCUUGGGUCAAUUGAAGACAGAUAUAAUGCGGGCCAAUUCGCUGGUACAAGAGGCAAAUUUUCUGGCUGAAGAAAUGGAGAAGAAGACAAAGUUUUCUGUGACGCUCCAAAUACCGCCGGCCAACUUGAGUCCCAAUCGACGACGUGGUGCCUUUGUCAGCGAGCCGGCCAUACUUGUGAAGCGCCUGAACUCGGGCAGUCAGAUAUGGACGAUGGAGAAGUUGGAGAAUAAGCUUAUCGAUAUGCGAGAGAUGUAUCAGGAGCAUAAGGAGCGUGUGAUCAAUGGCCUGCCCCUUGUAGAGCAAUUCUCAGACGACGAAGACGACGAUAAGGACGAUGAGAAUGCCAAGCCACAAGAUCCCUUCUAUGAGUCGCAGGAGAAUCACAAUCUCAUUGGUGUGGCCAACAUUUUCCUGGAGGUUCUAUUCCACGAUGUCAAAUUAGAUUACCAUACGCCCAUCAUCAGUCAGCAGGGCGAAGUAGCGGGCCGUCUGCAGGUUGAAGUUCAGCGCAUUGCUGGCCAAAUGCCUCAAGAUCGUAUGUGCGAAUCCGUAUCGGAGUCUUCGGCCGAUUCGCGCGAUGAAUAUGACGAUCCAGUCGAUCCCAUGGCUAAUCAAAUCACCUGUCGCGUCACCAUCAAGUGUGCCUCUGGUCUGCCACUGUCGCUGUCAAACUUCGUCUUCUGUCAGUACACCUUCUGGGGUCAUCAGGAAAUUGUGGUGCCCGUCAGGAAUGCCGAGGCCAUGGCCCAUGACCAGAACAUGGUGUUCAAGUUCGAGCACACUCAGGACUUUACCGUCGCCAUCAACGAAGAGUUUCUGGAGCAUUGCAUUGAAGGUGCACUGUCCAUUGAGGUGUGGGGACAUCGUAGUGCUGGCUUCUCCAAAUCCAAAGGCUGGGAAGUGGAGCAACAGCAGGCCAAAGCGCGUUCGCUGGUCGAUCGCUGGGCCGAAUUGUCGCGCAAAAUCGAACUUUGGGUGGAGAUACACGAACUCAACGACAAUGGCGAGUACUCGCCCGUCGAGGUAACCAACCGCAAUGAGGUCCUCACUGGAGGCAUCUAUCAAUUGCGUCAGGGCCAGCAGAGACGCGUCAAUGUGCGUGUAAAACCGGUACAAAAUUCCGGUACAUUGCCAAUCAUCUGCCAGUCCAUAGUCAACGUGUCUAUAGGCAGUGUUAUUAUGCGCUCACGCCUGCAGCGACCGCUCGACUCCUAUCAAGAGGAGGACCUGACCGUACUGCGUGAAAAGUGGAGCGAGGCUUUGGGGCGACGGCGUCAAUAUCUUGACCAGCAAAUACAAAAGCUUAUCAAGAAGGAGGAAAAAAGUGAACAGGAACGUGAACGCGAGCUCAGUCUUGUGCAUCAGUGGGUCUCAUUGACAGAGGAACGCAAUGCAGUGCUGGUUCCUGCGCCAGGCUCGGGCAUACCUGGUGCUCCGGCAUCCUGGGAGCCACCAGCAGGCAUGGAACCGCAUGUUCCUGUGCUCUUUCUCAACCUAAAUGGCGAUGAUCUGUCGGCCCAAAAUACGAACGAUGAACUGUCGAUUGCGGGCAUUAAUUCCAUUCUGUCUAAAGAACACGGCCAUAAAUUCCACACACUCCAAAUUCUGCAGCAUGUAGACAAGGAUGUGUGCUGUGUGGCCAGCUGGGACUCGUCCAUGCACGACAGCCAGUGUCUGAAUCGAGUGACCGAAGCCAAUGAGCGCAUCUAUCUGAUAUUGCGCACCACAGUGCGUCUCUCCCAUCCGGCGCCCAUGGAUUUGGUGUUGCGCAAACGGCUGAGCAUUAACAUCAAAAAGGGCCAAACGUUAACUGAUCGUCUGAAGAAAUUCCGCCUGGUGCGCGGUGAGAAUGCCAUUUGGCAGAGCGGCGUGACAUACGAACUGGUGUCCAACAUUCCAAAAGCUUCCGAGGAACUCGAAGAUCGCGAAUCGCUGGCACAGUUGGCGGCCAGCGGCGAUGAUUGCUCGGCCAGUGAUGGCGAAACCUACAUAGAAAAAUACACACGUGGUGUGUCGGCGGUGGAGAGUAUAUUGACUCUGGAUCGUUUGCGUCAGAAUGUGGCCGUUAAGGAGCUGGAGACGGCCCAUGGACAGCCGCUGUCAAUGCGCAAAACAGUCAGUGUGCCGAACUUUUCGCAGGCGGUCAAAGAAACCACCAAUACCGGGAGUAUCAUGCGAUUCGAUGCUUCGAUGGAGUCACUCCUCAAUGUCGGACGUUCCGAGUCGUUUGCGGAUCUCAAUAACACAGCCUUGGGCAACAAAUUUCAGCCAGCUCAUAGUGGCGGCGCUAUUCGUAAUCGGCACAGUUUUGGCGGCAAGGGAAGCAGCGACGAAUCACCGGGGAAACCAUUUGGCAUUGCGCGCCCAACAUUUUUGAAUCUCAAUUUGAACUUGAACACAUUGAGAAUUCCGCCAACGAAACCUUCGCCGGCCACAAGCAAAUUGCUGGGCAUGCGUAUGACAACCUUGCAUGAGGAGCCGCUUGGUGGACACCGAUCACUUGAUGAGGAGCCCGAGGAUAGUUACAGCGAUUCGGAGUACGCUGCCGAAUACGAACAGGAGCGCAAUCAACGCAAUAACUUUGCCACACGAUCCCGUUUAACUGCCUCCAAAACCAUGGACUCGUUCAUGGACGUCAGCAGCAAUUCGGGCCACAGCUAUUUAAGCUACACGUCUAGUGCCAAUGCCAACAUGAAGCAUUUGACAGGACUGGCCACGCCCAGCAUGAGUUCUUCAACUAGCAGCGGCUAUGGCUCGCAGGCCGUGUCGUGCAAUAAUCUGAGCAAUGAGGAUAUAACUUCGCUACGUUCCAUGAGCAUUGAUGAGACACCAGAUUUUGAUCGCAUUAACUCCAAUUCGCCACCCAAUCGCCAGACCCGUGUCAAUCCCUUCCUUAAGGACAUGCCAAAAGCCAGCUGCAAAGCGCACGAGACUCCUGAAGCACAGCCACAGCAGCAAGCCAAUCUUGGAGCAGAGACGAAGAGGCUGCAAAGGGCACACACGCAUCCACUGGCAGAAGAAACUGCACAAAGCGAUGAGGAGGAACAGUACGCAAUGGCGAAAGACAACAACGAGCAACAACAAAAUAAUACCAUUAACAACAAUAAUAACAGCAAUAGCAGCAACGAUAAGACGGCGCAAGAAUCAUUUAAUGACAAUCAGAAUGGUAAUAAAUUGGCAGAUACCGCCAACGAAGCAACAGAAAAAGCGACAGAGCAGCUUGAAGGUGACGGCAUUGUCCGAGAGGAACUACCAGUCGGUGUCGUUGUGCAUCGAAAAAAGACGCCGCCUCAACAUGUGAACAACAACAACAGCAGCACACGAAUAAAUCAACAACGCGCCUCUCUGGCCAAAAUGGAGGGUCUGGCAUCCUCAACAUCAUACAUAGACACGAAAAUGACAAACAGCAUGGAACUGGAAGACGACGGCACAGUGACGGAGCUGACGCUGCCCGACUGGAUUGUUGUGGGCGAAUCGGUGUUAAUACGGCCCUACAAUACCAGUGGCGUUAUAAGCUUUAUAGGCACAACACACUUUCAGCCCGGCGCUUGGAUUGGCGUGGAGUUGGACACACCGACUGGAAAGAAUGAUGGCACCGUCCAGGGCAUUCAGUAUUUCCAAUGCAAACCCAAGCAUGGUAUAUUUGUGAGAGCUGACAAGCUGUUACUUGACAAGCGAGGCAAGGCAAUGCGGGCCUACAAAGCUGCUGAAAAGACGAUCAGUAAAGAGAGUAACGCCUCGAUGCCACGAUCUAAAAGCCGCACUGAAGCGCUGAAUGUGUCGGCGCGCAAAUGAUUGUAUCCGAAGUGUUCGCAUCAGUUGCAGCGUUGGGCUAAUUGCAGGCAAUCGACGCUGGCCACCGCAACGUGCAGCUCUGCCAACAAUGUGGCGAUCACUCCACGAGCUGGAGCUAGAGCGCUAACACCGCAGACCUGUCAUAGAUUGCGUGCAACCAGCAGCGCUGCCGAUGCGAAUACCAAUACUAGUACCACACCACAUAGUUGCAGUAGCAGCCAGAAUGCGCCCACGAUGCGUAGACAUAGCAAGAAGCAGUGCUAUGCCGCCAAUCGACGCUCGACCGCAUUCUAGAUGAAUUCAAUAAUCAAGCAUCAAGCAACGAACAACGAGCAUAAAUAACUGCAAUAAUAACUACAUACAUGAUAGCUAACUAACUAACUAACUACAUAAUAGCUUACUUAAUCUUAAUCUAUGCCGCCACUCAAUUGCCAGAUAGUUGGCACUCGCGCCCAAUACACUGCAUGCUUCUAGCUUAAGGCGGUGUCUACAGCAAUUCUAGAUGCCCACUUAAAAACUAAGCUAAAUGUUUGCGUAAGGUGUACUAAAUACUAAUGCUUAUUAGUAUGUGCAAUAUAACGAACACUACCUGCACACUCCUAUAUCUUACACUUUAUAUCUCCUAUGAAUGUUUAUUGUUUGCCAAUGAGUUUAAAUUCUUGUUCUCUUUCGUACUGUCAAAUUAAUUAUGAUGUUUAAUUUACGUAACGUUUAUUUCUGUAUGUACGAAUCUUCCUUUCGUCAAUGUGACUUGGUUAAAUAUGAGCUUAUUUUAAUUGUUAUCGACUAUAUAAGAAACUUUUGUAUAUACAUAUAUUAUAUAUUUACUAUAUUUGCAAUAUUUUUUCUACUUUAGUUAUAAAUAGAAUUCUUUUUUGAGCGUUUACUUUCAAUUUAGAGCAUUUAUGUAUGAACACAAACAGAAAUUAGUUAGUUAUACACAGCUACGAUGUUUUAAUUGGACAUAAUUUUUUUAUUUACGCAUUUAAUGUCACAUUCCGUGCUUAUGAAAUUCCCGUGGGAGAGUAUGGGGGAAUGGAAUUCAUUAAUGAGCGGAAUCACAUGAAUGUAGAAUGUAAACAUAUGUGUAAAUUGUAUUAUUUGAUGUGAUGUAUUUAUAAUUUAUCCGUGUAUUUAAAUAAAAUUGAUUGAUUUUGCUACAUAUACACACACACA